GUCGGUGCGUCUAACAAAAUUUUAGACGCGGCCGAAAGAACGGGACGUCGACGACCUUUUUCAACAUGGAUUAAAAAACUUGCAAAUUUAAAGCAUGCUGCGACUAUCGCUACACAUAACCACCAAAAUACUUCCAAGCGUAACUCUCACGUGAUUAAGACUCAUGGAAAAAAGCCACCAAUUCCUGAAUCCAACGAAGACAGCAACAACAACAUACCUAAACCUCGCGAUGAAGAGGGUAUUGCGCACGUCGAUACCGAACAAUCUCCUUCUGCCAUAAUAUGUGCAAAUUCAAGUUCAUCUUCACCAAACCGUAGAAGCUCUGAUCAAUCCUCUGGGGGAGGAACCACUCCAACCAUUGAAAAUAAGUCUAUGGCAGCCACUUUAAAUCGGCGGGCGAAUUCUGUGCAAGCACCCUCCCACGCUCCUUCAUCUGGACAGGAGACCAUCGGGAACAUGUGGCGGGGAAAUGGCAGCACAUUCUCUUCCCCUGCGCCAUCCGUCCGGUCACUUACAACGACUCUCACUACUCUACAAUCCGCUGCCCCCACAGCAGCUGCUAAUAAUCAUCUAAGUAACAACCAAAUAACAAUGCAAUUCUCACCACAGCUUGUCUCUUCACCGCUAAACGCUAUACCACCUUAUUUAGUAUCUCAAGGUACUGGAUGUCAUCCUUCUACUUACAACACAGCUACGGCAAACAACCUUCUAACAGAUAAUGCAUCUAUAUUAACCCUUGCAUCUUCAUCGAACAGAAGACGAAGAAGGUCGAUGGACACAGACGCGUCUGUGCGCGCUCUCGCGCCAUCUUCUAUAUUCGGCGGAAGCAGAGAGAGUCUACCUAUGAGUAUCCUAAGUUCUAAUAUCGAUACAAACUCCUACCAACCACGUCUAAGUAUUGGUGGUCCAACCGAAAGAGGAAGCAUUUACUCUGUGGCAGGAGUAAACACGACUUUAGCGAGUGAAAGAAAUAGUUACUAUGCAGGAAAACAGUCCAUAGUUUCUGAGGCUGGAAGCAUUAAAAGUGGACUCGUGGGCCACAAUCUUCGCGACAGUGUUAGUGGCUGCAUAGGGGCGAACUUAAAUCCGGGUAGUCCCCUUACAAGCCCUCGAGAUCUUGUGAUACCAUGUCCAGGAAAUCUAAACCAAAACAGGGCUACUUGCAAUAAAGACGAAGAUUUAGAUGAUGAAGAAUACAAAAAUAGAGGCACCUUUAAAAGAAUCAAUAAUGUAGAUACGUUAUCUGCUCGUUAG